CAUAAAGUAACUAUUAUUAAUUCUACUUAAAUUUCAGUUUUGGUAAAAAACUCUAUAGAAAUGACUUGUGUUUUUCAUAUAACAUUAAGACCCAUUUUAUUUUUAAUGAAGUGUAUGGGUAUAAUUGAUAUUUCUUAUACCAUGGAAUCAACUGGAGUAUUGGUUGAGAAUAUAAACUCUACGUUUCCGGCAUUUUUAGAAAUAUCACGGAUGAUAGUGUUAUUGAUAUGCACUUAUAUUUAUUUAAGUCAAUACGACCCAGAAUUUUAUGUACUGCAAAUUAUAAAUAUUUUGAAAUUUUGGAAUGUAAUUAUCGCAGCAAGGCUAUACAAUUUUUGGAUAAUCAAAUUUAUCAAUGGAAUUAUCGAGUUUGACCAAAAAAUUGCACCACUUUCAUCACAUUUGUUGAUCCCUCAGCGUUCAUGGAAAAAAAUAAAAUGGGAUAUGAUUAUUAUUUCAUUAUUCGCAUACUUUAUUGGAUUUAAAAUUGUACAGUUGUACUUUAUUCCCUUGAAGGCUAUAAGUAUUGAAUUUUUGGUACACCAUAUAUUAUUCAAUAUACCUUUUCUUAUGGAUUAUGUGGUUGUGAUAUCUUUGUGUUUCUUCCUUCAAAAUAUAUAUGUCAGAUUCCAAACGGUCAACGAUCUUUGGAAAUGUCUACCUGCCGACUUAGUCCCAGUCUCCAACCAAUGGACACACAUCGAAAUUGUGCUUUUAAUGGAAAACACGCGGUUGUUACACGCUGAACUCUGCGAUUUGUUAAAAAUGUUUUCUCUAGGUUACGGUCCAAUGCUUUUGGGUUUCUUCAUAUUCAGCUUUAUCAAUAUGCUUAUCAGUGUUUAUAUAGUUCUCAACUUUGGUGCAUUAUUCAACAAAAAUUCCAUUACAAGUGUAUUUAAAAAAAUACUAGUGAUGUUAAUCUACGUACAAUGUGUCACGUUUUCGAUGUCCAUUAUCACAUUUGUUUCAUUCAUAAACGAGAAGAGAUUGGAGAUGGUAUCAUAUCUACGAUUAUACCGAAUUUCAAAUUUACACCUGGACAUAAAAAGACAAAUUAAAAUGUUUAUGAAUCAAAUAUCAGUUUGCGAUUCGGACCAAAUUUCGGCAUUUGGAUUUUUUAAUAUUAAUUUAAAUCUCGUUACAUCUGUACUUGUAUUAUUGAUUAGUGGAACUACCACGUUGAUACAAAUGAAAGAUCACCCAAUAAUACUGAAACUAAACAACGACACAUAUUCUUUUUUCAAAAAUUGA